CGCUGUAUCUAAUCGGUGUUCGGAAGUUAUCGCCGCGGAAAACAAAUUUAAAUCGGUACUUUUACGGUGAAUUUUAGUGCAUCAAACAAGUGCGCGAUGUCGUCGUCCCACGGGGGUACCACCAGUACCGACAGUUUCGGUUUCAACGGGAUGAAGAUAUUCGAGGUGGCACGGGACUGUUUGCCGGACGAUCGGAAGCGAACACAAAACCUAGUGGAGACGAAGGACGAUGUGCUGUUUGUUUGGAAUUCCAAGAACUGUUGUGUGCUAACGUUGAACUGGCGGGCGGCCAGCGUCAAGAAGGACGAACAGCAAAAGUAUCAGACGCUAGUUCCAUCGGCACCGCAAAACUUUACCGUGGAGAAGAUUUUGCCAUCGACGGAGGCCACCUUCCUGGCGCUGAGUGGCCCUCGCGGACUCUCGAUCCUGGAGCUGCCCCGCCGUUGGGGACCCAACGGACAGUACCAGAACGGGAAGGAGUGCAUCAUUUGUCGCUCCUACAACCUGGACGAACAUCUCUUCGCCGAAAAUCCAAAUCUCGAGAUCCUGCAAAUCCGUUGGCAUCCGGCCUCGCCGACUGACUCCCACAUUUUGACUCUCCUAUCGGACAACUCGAUUCGCGUCUACGAUGUGGACUCGCUACGACAUGUGUGGCGUGUUGGUCCUUCGCCAGGACUUGUUAGCACCCUGGCCGGUUCUCCACCGGGCCCCGGAUCCGCGAAGCUGGCCUAUCUCAGCAGCCUCGGCGACACGGCCGUUGAUUUUGACAUUGCACCGCCACGUGUGGUUUCGGCGGCGACAGCGAUGGCGACCGGCAGCAGCGACGAUACGACGCUCUCGAGGACGGUCACCAUGAUGCGGGACAAUCUGAGCAUUUCUUCGGCGACGGGCUCCGUGCUAAAAUCCAGAAUGCCGGACAACGGCGGUAAAGUCGAGUGGCCCAUCAUAAUCCUGCUGGGUGACGGUAAUGUUUACAUCCUCUGCGCCGGCAUCGAUACCGAUCGUCCAAGACUGCAAGGUCCCAUCUCGAUCUUGCCUCAAGUCGAGGACAACUACGGUUUGGAUUCCUGCUCGCUCAUUGUAGUACCGUCGCUUCCGCCCACCAUAAUUAUCGCCGAAAGCAAUGGCAAAAUCCACCACGCUUUGCUGCUGGAAGAAGAAUCCCCAGCUGAGCGAUCGCUCGGCGAGCUGGACUCCAGUUUGGUCAUCUAUCCCUCCGAAUGGUACCUGCAGGUACUGGAAACGGUAGAACUCGAACUCGGGCUCACCGGUGUUGACGAAGCAAAGACGUACUCCUGUCCGAUCCACUUGAAGCGCGAUAUGCUCAACGAAGCCCGGUACUUUGCGUAUCACGACGCUGGACUCCACGCGAUCACACUUGAUUUCACUCGCCAGCUUGUACAGUUUGUGGAGAACGAAGAAGACACCAGCGAUCGGUAUCCACUGUUCACCUCCCAGAGCCGCGCCGAGUAUGUUGUAUGUACAAAAGCUCUUCUGAACAUGAGCUCCAACCCCGUUCUCGGAUUCGCACUGUUGCAGUCCCCUUCGGGAAUCUUGCUGCAGCUGGCUUCCGGCCAAGUUGUAACGAUGGAUCUGAUCAGCGAUCACAGUUUGAUACGCGAAUCGAAGGUCUCGUCUGGUUUAAAGUACUCGUCGGCUACAGAUUCUUCGCUGAAGCAGCUUCUGAAAGAUCCCUUCCAGGAUCGAAUUCAGUCGAUUCUGAAAUCGGGAGCUACUCAGCCCAUCUUGAAACUGGACCAAUCGUCGGAACCAACGCCGCAGGAAUCGUUUGAACUGUUAACUCAGGCAACGAGGAUGCUACGAGAGCACUACUUUGUCAAACACGAGAAAGCCCGUCAGGAGAUCGAGAGGAGAGUUCACGUGCUGAGGCUGCUCAAAGAUCAACAGCUGAACGAGAUCGCUCAGCUGCAGGAGGAGAAGCAACAGAUUCGCGAAACGGCAGAACGGUUGGCUGAGAACUAUGAAGAUAUCUGCGACAAGCAGAAUGCGUUGUUCAAGAGGGCCCAGGAAGUGGUGAGACUGGCAACUCUGCGCCUCCCAAAGGGAUCGUUCUCGGAGAAGAAGUACGCGGAAAUGAUCGAAAAAAUUGGCAACGCUACCAAACUGCUGCAGAAGAACGUUGACCAGGCCAAGCAGAAGAUUAGCGCCCAGCAAGUUCAGGUGGAACAGAAGCAAAAGGCGCAGAAUGAGAAGAUUGUGACGCUGCCCAGCAAGCAGGAGGAAAUCAUCAAGCAGAUCAUCGGAGAAAUGUACCUCCAAAUCGAUGGAUACGUUAAGGAUGUGAAGAAGAUCAACAACGUGCUGAAUUUGGCUUGAAUGGAACCUAUCAGUCGUAGGCUUCAAAAUAUAGCAUUUUCCGUGGGUUCACCUAACGUAAGUAUAAGUACCACAGCAUUGACUCUCAA